ACUAUCUGUCAACGUAUACGGCGACGGCGACGAACCGCCGUCUAGCAUUUGACCUUUUCCCAUGAAGUCUCCAUCAUUGAAGGGUUUGUGUACACUUGCAGCAGAAAUCAUUUCGAUCCUAUCACGUUCCAAAAACCUAUCUCCCAUAUCACCUUCGCCUGCUCAAAAUCGAUCAAGGAGAGUGCCAAUGGAGCCUUCAGACAAGCAACCACAGCACCACCGAGCUCAUGUGCUGGUCCUCCCUUACCCGGCUCAAGGCCACAUAAACCCCAUGCUCCAAUUCUCCAAGCGCCUCCUCUGCAGAGGCGUCAAGGCCACCCUCGCCCGAUCCACGCAGGCUGGCCCCUCCCCGUCCAUCGACCUCGAGACGUUCUCCGACGGUCACGACCUCGGCGGGCACGCCCAGGCCGAGUCCGUUGAGGCCUACCAGGCGAGCCUCCGGGACGUCGGGUCGAGGACCCUGGCCGAGCUUAUCCGGAAGCUCGAUCGCUCCGGCCAACCCGUCGACGCGGUCGUCUACGACGGGUUCCUCCCGUGGGCGCUCGACGUGGCCAAGCAGUGCGCUAAGCUCGGGGUCGUCUUCUUCACGCAGACCUGCGCGGUGAACGACAUAUACUACCACGUGCAGCGCGGCUUGCUUCCUCUUCCGCUUUCGGGACCGAGGGUCGAGGUCCCGGGGUUGCCACCUCUCGAGCCGUCGGAGACGCCGUCAUACAUACAUAAGCUGGGGUCAUACCCUGCCUUUUAUGAUAUGUUGGUGAACCAAUUUACGAACGUGGAUGAUGCUGAUUUUGUUCUCUUUAACACCUUCUACGAGCUAGAGAAAGAGGUCGUGGACUGGAUGUCCGCCAACUUGUGGCCGCUUAAGACCGUCGGCCCUACCCUCCCCUCCGUCUACCUGGACAAGCGCCUCCCCGACGACACCGCCUACGGCAUCAACCUCUUCACCCCGACCACCACCUCUACCGUCUCCGCCUGGCUCCGCCGCCACCCGCCCCGCUCCGUGGUCUAUGUCUCCUUCGGCAGCAUGGCCGACCUCGACCCCUCCCAGUUCUCCGAGCUCGCCCACGGCCUUGCCCUUGCCGGCUGCCCCUUCCUCUGGGUCGUCCGGUCGUCUGAGCAGCAUAAGCUCCCUCGCGAUCUCAUGGACUCGAUCCCCUCCGAGGAAGCCCUGAUCCUCCCGUGGUGCAAUCAGUUGGAGGUCCUCGCGAGUGAUGCGAUCGGAUGCUUUGUCACGCACUGCGGGCUCAACUCGGUGAUCGAGGCGAUCUGCCUGGGGGUCCCGAUGGUGGCGAUGCCGCAGUGGACGGACCAGACGACGAACGCCAAGUUCGUGGAGGACGUGUGGAGGGUCGGGGUUAGGGCUAGGGCCGACGAGGCAGGGCUCGUUGGGAGGGACGAGGUGGAGAGGCGCGUGAGGGAGGUGGUGGGAGGAGGAGAGAGAGGGAGGGAGAUGGCGGAGAGCGCAAGGAGGUGGAUGGCGGCAGCAAAGGCGGCGAUCGGGGAAGGCGGGAGCUCCGACCGGAACAUCGAUGAGUUCGUGGAGGAGCUCAUGAGUCGUGCGUCGAUAGAGUAGUAGAGGGAUCAAUACAUAAUAUUUGAUUCGAGUAUUUAUGUUGAAAUAGACCUGACUUUCAGGUUGGUUAAAAUUGAAGUAUGAGUUCUAUCCUCUCUUCUGGUCAAUGGAUAUUGCAUUCACAUAA